ACCCAGUCAGUGCCAUAUGCCAGCUGAGCAAGAGCGCGUCUACACGCGCUGGAGGCACCCACUCUGCCAGGCCAGAACUGUGCUUCUCCUCUGCUGCUGGCCUGGCCAACAAGCACUGCCUCAGGGAACAGCAGGGAGCUCUUGCAGCAUCUUUGCUUCUAACUUGCUGCUUGCCCCCAAGUCCUCUUUCUCCUCCAUCUGCUACUUAUUUUUCGUCACUUCCUUCACUUUCUUUCGUGAUGCUAGGUUCCCUUUCUUCCUGCUCUGGGCUACAGGAAAAUUCCAUUCCAAGGCUGUGUCAGAGAAGCCCCUUGGUAGCACUCCUGUUUUUCCUGUACUUUCUCUAGCCACCAGCAUGGAGGGAGCCUGGGUAGGCACAUGGAGACCGCAUCCUCGAAGGGGCCCCAUCCUUGCAGAGUUCAGCACCCCAGGCCCCAAGUAUGGGCUCCCUGGGACAACAGGUCACCCAGGUCAUGAUCCCACCAGAGACAGAGCCCCUGCAUACACUUUUAGAGGAACCAAAAUUACUGCCACAGACUCAUGCUCACCAGGUCCUCGAUACUACAUCCAUUCAUCCAUCACCAACACUGGGAAGUAUGUGUCUCCAUCGGCACAUGUGACUGGACGAUAUAAGACCAAGAAUGAGGUCACGCCAGGACCCAGUGACUACACCACAGAACCAGCGAACAAACAUGUCUAUCUUAGCGCACCAGCAAAUAGCAUGGUGUCCCGACCCAAGGACCUAAAAGGCUUCCAAACACCAGGUCCUGCUGCCUAUACCCUGCCCAAAGUUAUGGGACCCCGCACAGCAUACACCCACGCGGAACCAUGCUACUCUAUGCUGUGGAAGAGCCAAUACCAGAGCUGUUUCCAGGACCUGGCAAAGACCCCAGGUCCUGCAGCAUUUCAGAAGGUGGAACUGGACGUUUACAAACCCAAGGCUCCCAAGUACACAAUGGGGCUUAAAACCAAUCCUGUUGGCAAGGGUAUAGCUCCAGGUCCAGCAGACUACAGCCUUGGAAAGGUGUCAGUGACUAAGUGCCGGGAUCCUGCUUUCAGUUUUGGAAUUCGACAUUCUCUCUACAAAGCUUCUUUAGUGCCGGAAAAACAUCUUGAUUAAAGACAGAUAACC